AAGCCAAGUGGUAUAAAUCACUGAGUAAAAGGAGACACUUGGCAACUUGGCACCAGUACUAAUGAAGCCAAUAGCCUUCUCUGCUCUCUCCUUUUGGCUGGCUUUCCUUUUGGCUGGCUUCCUUGGCAUACACAUCACCGGCAGUUUUGUGAGAAGUCAGAAGAACCAUACGUUAAUUUUCACCAAGGAAAACACAAUUCGCAACUGCAGCUGCUCGGUGGAUAUCCGUGACUGUGAUUACUGCCUGGCAAACUUGAUGUGCAAUUGCAAAACAGUGCUGCCUUCUACCAUGGAAAAAACUACCUACAAGAGCCACCUCACCAUUUGGUUCACAGACACCUCUGUGCUGGAGAUGCUCCUCAACUUCACAAGGGUGUGGGAUUUGAAGCUUUCCUUCUGUGGCACCACUCCUCUCCCAACAGAAUACUUGGCCAUUUGGGGACUCCGAAAGCUGCGGGUAAAAAAGGUCAAGGGACUGUUUCCAGAGCAGAGUGUAACCAUCUACAGCAGCAGCAGCAAUGAAAAAGAAAACUCACUCGCAAUGCACAACAAAGACAGGCAAAUGCUUGCACAUAUUUCUUUUCUGGAUACAUCUCUUUUCAAUGGCUAUUCUUUGCUGAAGUCAUACAGUGUGGAAAACGUCUCUAGUAUCAUGGAGCACUUUCCUAGCCUGCUGUACAAUGAUGUUUCCUCAACCUCAGAUAACAAGAGCUAUGUUGUAACAUUCAUUUACUGA